AUGGAACGAAAAUCCUCGUAUCCGCAUUAUAAGUCAGUUCUAAAUCUCGCGGGCAUCGAAUUUCCAAUGACGUUGAAUCAAAUUAAGAAAUUCGAAACUUUGAAUGACAUUUCCAUCAACAUCUACACCAUUCAGAAAGGAAUUGUGCCGAUACGACUCGCCGACCGAAAAAGGAGCAAGUAUGUAAAUCUCUUGUACAUAGAGGAUGACAACGCGGGACAUUUCGCGUUGAUUAAAGAUCUAUCCCGCCUUGUCAGAUCGCAAAUUAGCGGAAACAAGAACAGAAAAUAUUUCUGCGAUAGAUGCCUUUAUUACUUCAGCUCGAGCGCAAAAUUGGAGAUCCACAGCGAAGACUGUGGGAAAUUGAAUGAUUGCGCGAUAAGGCUGCCGAGCGAGGACGAUAAAUGGCUAAGUUUUGACAACCACAGCAGAAAGGAGCGCCCGUUCAUUAUUUACGCUAACCUGGAGUGUGCAUUGGAGAAAAACAGAUAUGGAUCCCACAUUAGCUACGUACACGUAUCAUCAUCACAACGUGUUUAG